GUGAAACAUAAUUUCGCUGUCAGGCGACUGCGCAGCUAGGGUCCCAUAAAUCUGGGGCAAUAGAGCGCCGCCUCGGCCCGUGCGUCAUCGCAUCGUCAGCGAUCACGCAGUGUCCCGGACGUGUUCCUGCAGAUCGUGAGAAACCUUGACGCGGUGAGGUUGGAUGCGGGUCUCAAAUCGUCCGAGCUCUCGGGAGAAGGAAUCACUGAAGCCCGUAAACUUUCCGUAAAAAUCAUCCAAUUACCAUGGCAACCGCGACAGCAGCCUCCACUACGGCCCACAUUCUGGGGUUCCUCCUCGGUUCAACUGUAACCCCCACCGAGAUCACGUCAGCUGGGCCAGAGGCCUAUAUGGCUUCCACUAACGCAACCGUUUCGGUGGCUUCGACCCCGGCCGAGAUCGAGAGCACGGCCGCGGUCCAGCAGGCCACAGCUGGGCGGGCCGCCUGGCUCAUCCCCGUCAUCUUCGGCCUGAUCACGGUGUGCGGCGUGGUGGGCAACUCGCUGGUCAUGUACGUGAUCGUGCGCCACGGCCACAUGAAGACGGUCACCAACUACUACAUCGUCAACCUGGCCGUGACUGACAUCUCCUUCCUGCUCUGCUGCGCUCCGUUCACCGCUACGCUCUUCGUGUCCCGCGACUGGCUCUUCGGCGCCUUCAUGUGCAAGUUUGUCUUCUACAUGAUGCAGGUGACGGGACAAUGCACUUGCCUGACGCUGACGGCCAUGAGCAUUGACCGCUACCAGGCCAUAGUCCAUCCAAUCAGAUCGCUCAAAUCACGCACCACCAAGGUCGCCUGUAUCGUCAACGCCUGCAUCUGGAUCGGAUCGUUCUUGAUUUCGAUCCCCGUGGCUGUCUACUUUAAUCUGAACUUCGACGAGAGAGAAAACGCCUUGGUGUGCGUCGAGGUGUGGCCUGAUCCCAAACUCAUGUUCCCCGGCUACGCCGUCUUCAGCUUCAUCCUCCUCUACGUCAUCCCCAUCUUCAUCAUCACCGUCUGCUACAGCAUCAUGCUCCGUAAGCUCUGGUCCCGCGUCUCGCCCGGCGAGCCCGACAACGCCGCUAAUCUGCAGAACGCCCGUCAGAAGCGGCGGGUCACCCGCAUGGUGCUGGUGGUGGUGCUGGUCUUCGCCGUCUGCUGGCUGCCCAUCUACAUCAUCAACCUCUGGAUGCGGCUGGAUCCCAACUUCCCAAAGACGGACGCCACGUACAUCUUCAAGAUGGCCGCGCACACGCUGUCCUACGCCAACUCCUCCGCCAACCCCUUCGUCUACGCCUUCAUGGGGGAGAACUACCGCCGGUGUUUCAAGAAGGCCUUCCCUAUCUGCUUUACACAGAAGCGGCAGCGCCAACCCGCCGACAUAAACACGACAUCACGCGUUGAUCAGAUGGCAAAUUUCACAGGCGCGACGUCUGCAGGUGGGGUGCGGACAAUAGAAACAGUUGCUUUGGACUAAAUCCACAUGAAGUACAUAUAAUGGUGUCAGAAGUGGGAUAAAAUUAAAGUGUGCAUGUUUUCGUAAUGGUGUAACCUUAGGCUUUCCUGUAUGAGAUACCGCUGAUUCCUGGUAGGCACUUUUUACUUUGAAACUUAUGUCGAUUUCAUGCUGCUAAAACCCGUUCAGUAAAACCAAAGAUUGAAACAUGUAACUAAAGUUUCAGGUGUGACAAGCAAGUUCAUAUGGCUGAACAUGUUAUUCAAUAUAUUAUUAAACUGCCAUAACUAAAUACGGGCGAUUCACAAUAGUCGCGCAUCGUAAUUGCCCAACGCGUUUUCCAACUCUCGGAGGCGCACUUUUGUGAAACGUCCGUAUUCUUCACAAGACACAAAGACAACGGAUCUCAACAUACAAACGCUGUAAUGCAAAAAAAAAAUCGUUGUAUUUCAUUUUAAAUUUAUUCCUCCCAACCUCUGUCUAUUACAUUGCAUUUUACAUUAUUGAUCAUUAUACGACAUUAUACGCCAACAUUCAACUUACGGACUAUAGACGAUAAUCAUUACAGAACUUUUCAACUUCUACGGUCAAAGACCUCGUUUCUGAAUAAACUUGUCCGCCGGCUUCCUCUAUUAAAAUGUGAUGGUUAACGCGUACACUCGCGACAUGAUCCAGUACCGGUAUGUACAUCAUCAGUAUUUCGGAUUUUCGAAAAGUCACAUGUUAAUAAUGAAUGAAUUAUUCAUUAGACAGCCAUGCGCAGAUAGUUUUAAUGCUGAUCCCCGCAUGUGGUUUUUACAUACAUCAUAAAUAGAAACGAGAUCAGUGACGGACUAUGUCAUGGUCAUUAAUUCCUGCUGGAUUUGUUAACCCACCUCUGAAAUAAUAAGCGAUUCCACAGGCGUAAGUCACUAUAAUUUCAGACCUUAACAUUUUCAGGUGGCUUGAUCAAGCUGGGAUAGCAUUUUGCAGGUACAUGUAAUAAUCCUUGCCUCAAGAACGUUUCUGUUUUCUGGCACACUGACCCUGCCUAAAGUAAGCCACCCAAAAGUCUGUUGUCCCUGCUGGCCAUCCAGUCAUUUUAUUCAGUUACUGAGUUGGAAGGGCCGCUCAUUGUUGGCAGACCGCGUGGCGUUGUGGGGUCAAGCGUCACAGGCUGAAAAUUCCCCAUAACACCUUGGCAUUGGUCCAAAUUUCAGUGCUCAAGAAUUAACCUUGGCAUUGGUCCAAAUUUCGGUUCUCAAGAAUUAACCUUGGCAUUGGUCCAAAUUUCGGUUCUCAAGAAUUAACCUUGGCAUUGGUCCAAAUUUCGGUUCUCAAGAAUUAACGAUUUGCCGCAACAGACAUUGAGCCUUUUCACUCCUAACAACGCGACGUCACAGCCUGGACGACCAAUGAUCGGGCACUGAAUGGCAAGCCGAUCCAAACUGAUGGAACAGCUGGUUAGAGGCUCAGGCAGUACCCCAAAGCCGUAUAGCCAUUAAUGAAGCCACAGGGUAGACGGAAAAGGAAAACACGUAGAACGACGUGCGGCAUAAUGCUUACUGUGCUCAUGAAGUGUACAGUACGUAUUUCAUGCGUCGUUCAACGUGUCCUCCUUUUCCGUUUACCGAGGCGACAGCUCUGUUGAGAGCAAAGAUCGUAUAGCGCUAUACGAUCUUUGGUUGAGAGUCAGUAUUACCCUGCGUAUUUGAAACAGGCCAUGUCCUGGACAAACCUCUGGACCAUCAGACACAAGAUUCAGCCCCAGCUAGUAUUGCAAGUUCCUCAAAAAAAGACCCCUUAAGUUUACAGCGCCGCCUAUUGGUAUCCGACGCCCAUUAAUCCUAUCAGUAACUUGCUGUGACUGGAUUGGCUAUUCACAACUCCACACUGACCAAUCAAAGAGCAUGGCUUAUUAAAUGCUACAAUUUCUCAAUUACUUAUCGCACACGUAUAAUAUACAGGCGUUAUUAAGUGUACAGUUGUGACAAGAAGGAAGCACGAUACAGUUAAAAUGUACACAUUCAUAGAAAAAAUGUCAACUAUUAAUUUUGCGAGAAAAAACGGCUUCAACUGUGUUCAGAACUCUGCCGAAAUAAAUCCGCAUUUAUGAGUUCAAUGGCAGCAGAAGCAUCGUUUUUCCCAAUCCACGGUACUUUAAUGUUCAUUAAUAUACGGCUAUAAUAUAAAGAGUUCAGUAAACGCAAAUACGGAACGGGAAUGUGGAAUGACAAGAUUAGGACAGAACAGCUCCGGGACAAACAACAGGCUGGCUAAAUACUGAACAUUUCUUGCGAUAAUUACUUCUUUAUAACCUCCCACGUCUCCAAGACAACAGUCGAGUUCAGAGCUAUUUAAAACUAUAUUUUCUACGUGCAACAGGCAGGAUCUCCAAGCCCAGCGGUAGUCAACGUGAACGAAAUUCGGAAACAACAUUUCAUUUCUUCAAAUUAAGCCAGAACUAAGAACAAAGCGUCUCAUUGAAAAAUGGGCUCAAAUGACAGAUGUCAAAUUCCUUCUUUGGAGAACCUGAGGUAAACGCCAGAUGCCACGCGACCUUUGACCUCAGUCAAGCUUAAAGCACACCUCUUGACCCCUUGACCAAAUCAUCAACGCCAAAACAAAUAAAAAAAUAAUUAAUUAGCUAGCACCCCAAAAAAAACUCUCUUGUUAAAUGCGACACAUGCCUUGCGACAACAAAACCCAAAACUGGAUGUAUCCAUGGCCCAAAAAUAACA